CGGUGAAGAUGGGGAAAGCUGCGAGAUGGUUGAGGGGUUUGCUGGGGAUGAAGAAAGACAAUGAGAGUGUGGGGAAGUUUUCUGAGUUUUUCCGAUAAGAAAGAGAAGAAAAGAUGGAGUCUUGGCAGGACAAGUAAAGAUUCAGGAGGUUUGUGGGUGUCGGAUUCACCUUGGUUCAGAUCAUCGAACGAUGAUGACUCAGAAAAGGAACAACAAAACAGCCACGCUAUUGCGGUGGCUGCCGCCACCGCCGCCGCGGCUGAUGCUGCUGUGGCGGUGGUCAGGCUUACCAGCCGGGGUAGGGGUGCUCUGUUCGUUACGCAGCGGGAGAAGUGGGCUGCCGUGAAAAUUCAAUCUGUUUUCAGGGUAUUUGGCCAGAAAAGCGUUGAGAGCUCUGAGAGGACUAGUGAAGUUAUAGGCUCAUGUUAGGGGAUACCUUGUUAGAAAAAGAGCUGCCACUCUUCACAGCAUGCAAGCUCUCAUCAGAGCUCAG